AUGAGUGGACCGACCAAUGUUCAGUACCAGUCGGGCCUUUAUGGAGGAAACAACAACAGCAGCUCUCCUCUCUCAAGCCGUGGAAAUUCACCCAUCGUGUGUGAGCGCUGUGGGGAGGUGUGUCGUGGGGAGGUGGUGCGCGUCAAAAACAUACACUUCCAUGUUCAGUGCUUCACCUGCCAAGUUUGCAGCUGUGAUCUGGUGCUCUCAGGUUUCUUCCACCACUCCGGCGAGUACAUCUGUACAGAGGACUACCAGCGGCUCUACGGGACCCAGUGUGACAGCUGUGAACAGUACAUCACUGGGGAGGUGGUAUCUGCCCUGGGGAGGACGUACCACCCGCACUGCUUCGUCUGCAGCAUCUGCAGGAGUCCGUUCCCAAUUGGAGACAGGGUGACCUUCUGUGGGAAGAAGUGUGUAUGUCAGCAGUGCUCACACACUCUGAAAAGUGACAAGCCCGUCAAGGUCCAUGGACCAAGCUACUGUGCAGGCUGUGGCGAGGAGAUCAAACAGGGUCAGUCUCUGCUGGCUCUGGAGAGACAGUGGCACGUCAGUUGCUUUAAAUGCCGAACAUGCGGCUGUGCACUCACUGGAGAGUACAUCAGCAAGGACGGGAUACCUUACUGUGAGGCUGACUACCACACUCAGUUUGGGAUCAGGUGUGACAGUUGUAACAGGUACAUCAGCGGCAGAGUACUUGAGGCUGGAGGGAAGCGGUAUCACCCCAGCUGUGCCAGGUGUGCCCGAUGUCACAUGAUGUUCCUGGAAGGAGAGGAAAUGUACCUUACAGGUUCAGAGGUUUGGCACCCCAUGUGUAAAGAAGCAGCUCGGCUGGAGAAAAAACUGAGGCUGAGACGCACUUCUGAGACGGCGUCCAUUUCUCCUCCAGGCUCGUCUCCUCUCCUCGGCUCCCCUCACCGGCUCAUCUGUUCUAAAGCUGAGGUUUUGGACUAUAAGCAGCUGGCAGCUCUGCCCAGGGUCAAAGCCAUAUAUGACAUCCAGAGGCCUGACAUCAUUCCUUAUCAGGCCGACCAUGCACACUCACACCUCUCAGAUGACACUCUGGAGCGAUACAGCUGCGGACAGUCAUUGGGCUCCUUAUCACCAUAUUCUCAUGAUCUCUUGGAUGGUGUGGAGUUGAGAACGAGGCGUUCCUCCAGCUCCGCUUACACUGAUUCCCCUGCACACAGUCGCCACGGCGGCUCCCCACUUCAUUAUUAUCUCCCUGGCAGUGAGAGUGGCAGGAGUUCACCCUGUUACAGUCUGCCUGAGCCCCGGUGUACCACACCCACCACCAACUCCAUCCAAGCCCCCAAGCAUUUCCAUGUACCAGCUUCUGAGGAAACCAACAUCUACAGGAAACCCCCCAUCUAUAAAAGAAAAGACAUGUCUGCCUCACCAACAGUCAUUAAGAGUAAGACCAAUGAGAACCUCCUCAAUUCCAGUGGCCUUUCCACCUCCAACUGUAACAGCAUUUAUCACCCGGACUCCAACUAUUACCCAUAUACGGGCUCUCCAAAAGUCUCCAGGGUGAGGAGGUUUUCGUCCGGAGGACAGGAGGAUGGAUGGAAUCACAAUAUAAACAAGGGAAUUGGCAGGAUGAUCCUGAAGGAGGAGAUGAAAGCGCGAUCGGCUUGUCACGACAAUGACCAGUGGGGGAGCAGACGUGGUUCUCGCUGUAGCAGCAAGGAGGCGCUGAACAAUCUGGAAUACAGCUCCCUCAAUGGCUCUCCCAGGUCCGUCUACAGUGCAGACAGCGACUCAUACAUUGCCAAAUCAUCCUCAUUGCCAGGCUACCGCAGGAAUGGACUAAACAGGCCUGGGAGCGCUGGUGGAGAUUAUUACCAGUAUGACAGCAGCAAUGCAGUUAACUGGCAGAUCAGAGAAUACAAGAUCUACCCAUAUGAAGCCCUAAUAGUGUCAGUCAGAGGGCAACAGCGUCUACCGAGUGAUGUGGACCGAGCCAGACUGGAGCGUCACCUCUCACCAGAGGAGUUCCACCGAGUCUUCGGCAUGUCCAUGUCCGCCUUUGAUCAUCUUGCUCAGUGGAAGAAGAACGAACUGAAGAAACAGGUCAGACUCUUUUGA